UUUUUUUUUGUUUCUAAUAAUGACAGAUCAACUUGACGAUGAUGGUUUUGUCAAAGUAGAACGCUUUAAGUAUAAACCAGUCGUCAAUAAGAAGAGCAAGAGAAAGAAUAAAUACACCUUUAAGGAUUCAGAUGACUGGACAAUUGAUGAUUUGACUGCUACCUUAAAGCAACGCAAGUAAGGUCAAUCAAUACUAAAUCAUGGCUUACCAUUUUAUAGAGAGGCCUUGAUCACAAGUCGUUUCUAUAAAGACCUGUCUGUGAUAUUUGAAAACCAUCUUUUGACCGAGUUUCAUGAUAUUGUUUGUUAUGGCAUAGGGUCAAUGCAGAAAUCAAAAAAUGCUCAAUACCAAUUUGAAUUAGCAAUGAUAUUAAGAGACUUGUUAAAGAUCCCUGGCAAAAUGUACAUCUUUGAUCCUGUCAUGACAACAUUAGAUAAAGAAUUGUGUGCACUACACAAUAUAGACAUUAUUCAAGAGAAUGAAGAUGGCAAACGAACUGUGACUAAGCCAACCUUGUUUUAUAUGCCUCAUUGUGGACGAGGUCUUUAUAGUAACACACUCAGUGCAAACUGGAAUAAACAACAACUAGCCCAUGUCACAAUCAUUGGAAAUCGAUUUGACAUGUAUGUCGGAAGUCAAUUAGAAAGAGACCUUGUUAAAGAAUGUCCCUACCUUAUUCCUGCUGUAGAAGUGUUGAAUGUUGUUUCAUUUCCUAAAGAAUUUGACAACAAUCAAAUCUUCAAUGACCUCUCUAUCCAAACAUUUCCUCAAGACAAAUUAGAUAAAGUAGAGGACACGUUUUGGUCUAAUGUACCUACAAACUAGAAAAU